UUCUUUUUUUUUUUUCAAAAUGCGUUUCGCAGCUCUUUUUGCGCUGCUCGCGCUCUGCGCCGUGGCCAGCGCGUCUGACGUGCUUGUCCUGACGACCGACAACUUCCGCUCGACUGUCGAUGCUCACGAUGCCCUCCUCGUCGAGUUCUACGCUCCCUGGUGCGGCCAUUGCAAGCGCCUCGAGCCCGAGUACGACAAGGCUGCAGCGAUUCUUGCCAAGGACGACCCCCCGAUUUACAUUGCCAAGGUGGACGCCACCGAGGAGCCCUCGCUCGCUUCCGAUUUCGGCGUUUCCGGCUACCCCACCAUCAAGCUCUUCCGCAAGGGCGCCGUUUCUGGCGACUACGACAGCGGCCGCGACGCCAACUCGAUUGUCGCAUACAUGCGCAAGCAGUCUGGCCCCAGCGCCCGCACCCUGUCCACCGUCGAGGAGGCCAAGAACUUUGUUGCCAAGAACGACAUUUCCGUCAUUGGCUUCUUCCCCGCUGUCGGCUCGAUGCAGGAGGUCUUCCUCAAGACUGCCGACCAGAAGCGCGACGCGUUCCGCUUUGCUGUGACCUCCUCCAAGGAGGUUGCCGCUGCUUUCAACAUUGAGGGCAACAAGGUCGUUCUCUUCCACGCUCCUCACUACGAGUCCAAGCUCGAGGGCGCUGUUGUCGUUCCGUACGAAGGUGCCUCGUCGCAGACCGCUUUCGAGAGCUUCCUCGCCGAGAACGCCACCCCGCUUGUUGGUGUCUACUCUGAUCUGAGCAAGGCUCGCUUUGACCUGCGCAAGGCCCGCGGCGACCUUCCCCUGAUCGUCACCCACUUCAAGGUCGACUAUGCCAACAACGCCAAGAACACCAACUACUGGCGCAACCGCGUCCUGGCCGUUGCCAAGAAGUUUAUCGGCAAGGCGCACUUUGCCAUCGCCAGCAAGGAGGAGUUUGCUGCCCGCCUGUCCGAGUUUGGCCUCCAGAACCAGGAGCUCGCUGUCGCCUUUGAGCACAAGGGCAAGAAGUACGCCAUGAACGAGGACUUUUCGGUCGCCAACCUCGAAAAGUUUGUUGAGGACUUCCUCGGCGGCAACAUCAAGCCCCACGUCAAGUCCGAGCCCGUGCCCAAGGUCGCCACGGACGUCAAGGUGCUCGUCGGCUCCAACUUUGACGACGAGGUCUUUGGCAACGACAAGGACAUGCUCAUCGAGUUCUACGCUCCUUGGUGCGGCCACUGCAAGUCCCUCGAGCCCGUCUUCAACGAGCUCGCCCAGAAGGUCAAGGGUGAGGAGAACCUCAUCAUUGCCAAGCUCGAUGCCACCAGCAACGACUUUGCUCGCGACCUCUUCCCCGUCUCUGGCUACCCCACUCUCUACUGGGUUCCCGGCAACAACAAGCACAGCCCCAAGAAGUACGAGGGCGGCCGCGACGUUAAGAGCUUCAUUGAUUACAUCAAGAAGGAGUCUACUUACCCUCUCAAGCUCAAGAAGUCCAAGGGCGAGUUGUAAGCGUGUCCUAGCGUUGUAGUUCAGAUUGGCUGGACUGCCCUUUUUUUGUUUUUUAAUAUCCGUCCUCGUCAUUGUGGUAUCUUGUUACUGCUGUAUGUCGCACUUGACAAAAUAACACUCUUCUAACUACGAUACA